AUGUAUCACUCGACAUCGUACGAUGACCUGGAACCGCUGAGUUUCGUCAUGCCCCCCUCCAAGAUGUCAAUUGAAAUUGGCCUAAGGACUGGCACAAUGAAGGUGAACGCGGAGGGUAAGGUGACAUGGCUUUUGGGAAGUGGAGUUAUAGUAGUUUUUGAGUACUUUGUGUUCCUAAAAUUCGUUAAAAUCGAAAAAGAGAAAAAAGAAGUAAGGGAGGUGGGUUGA